AUGCGGACUCUGCAGCGUCUAAUGCGGAACGCAAAGCUAUUGCUCGCUAGUACCUCGCGAGACAGCGACGAGGCAUCGAAUCACAAGCCAUUCGCAUCUGAGAUCGACAGCAUACUAUUGACAGCACUAUUGGUCUUGAAACCUCGACAGGCUCGUGUGUUGUUGAAAGGUGCUGGCCUGAGCCGUUACGGCUUGCUCAACUCUGCGGAGAAAUACCUCGUUCGUGAAGAUCUCGAUCGCUAUUUCCAGAAUGAGAAGGCAGCGAGUAAGAGCGAACGCUCAGCACGAACACCCGGCCCCUCGUACAUAGUGCUCGCAAGUCCGGGGCGUGCAGGAGCAAGAGUUUCGGGGAGCUGCUCCGAGAUCGUAAGGUUCGUCUUCGGCAUGGAUGAACUUCGCCAUUGCACGGAACCACUGCUCAAGGUCUUCGACCAGAUCCCUCGCCGAAAGGCUGGCUCAACGGCGCCGAAGGGUUUCUGUGGUGGGUUCGUGUUGCAGCUUAUGAGCGCUAAGCAGAACUCGGAGCUGCUGGAGAAUAUUGGCGGGCCAGGGUCACAAACCAAGCCAAGAGGUAUGAACAAGCCGCGUCAGCCGUGGAAAGGGGACGAAGGCCACGACUUGGGCCGGCGCAUUCUGCAGCGAAGGCAUCCCAGAGGACAAUCAUUAUCAUGGCACAAUGCUGCUAGGAUCAAUGCGUGUGUGCUGACAGGCUACCGGUCUGAUGGGCCCAGGCGCAAGGGCCGACGGAGCCUUGUGGUUCAGGAGGCUUGCACGACUUCGCGUUCGGGACCUGGACCGGACAGAGAGCAAGCAUUAGAUGGGCACAUCGACUACUGUAUUCAUGCCUGUGGAGCAAAAUCUUCAGCAGGCAUUCGAAGGGCCUUUUGGCCACGGAACAGGCAGGCCCGAUCGAAGGCGCGGCUAAGCAGACACCCGCGCGAACAUGCGGCAGGAGAUAUACCGACAUGCUGUCCUUCCGCGAAUCAUUACUUUCAAUGGCCCAAGCCCGGUGUGGAACUUGAUUCUAAAUUUCUGGGACUUGAUCUUCUGGCCGGCUCCAGCAUCCCUUUACCAGCCCGGUCGGUGGAAAAGUGGGGCUCCUCUUGGGUCUCGCAACUUUCGCCCGCCGUAGAGCUCACAGACCGCUCGGAGACAGUACGGCCAGCCUGCGGGCGCUAA